AAAGUUUCCUUUUCAGGGAACCAGUUGAAAAGUAAUAAUGGAUAAUGCUAAAUGAGUUCCGAAAAAUUACGAACAGGACUCUAGAAAAUUCGGUCUCAAAAAUACAGAAAAUACAGGAAAACACUGAAGCUGUCAGAUUAUGUCAUCCGAAAAUCAGAAGAAGGUGAAUGACCUUAAAUCUGAGGGAAAUAAGGCAUUAGAAUCUGAUGACUUUGAGGAGGCAAUAAGGAAGUAUACAGAGGCCAUAGCAUUAGAUCCUGAAAACCAUGUAUUAUAUAGUAACAGAUCUGCAGCACUCACUAAAGCUGCACGAUACCUUGAAGCACUUGGGGAUGCUGACAAAACAAUAGAAAUAAAACCAGAUUGGGCAAAGGGUUUCUCCAGGAAAGGCACAGCCCUAUGUUAUUUAAACAGAUAUGAGGAAGCAGCUUCAGUAUUUAUGGAAGGAUUAAAGAUUGACCCUGAAAAUGCACAACUAAAAAAUGGUUUGGAGGAUGCACAGAGUAAAUUAACUGGACCAUCAGGUAGUCAGCCUCUAGGCAACCCUUUUGCCUUUCCAGAUAUAAUGCAAAGAUUAGAAGCCAAUCCAAAGACGAGAGAAUAUUUAAAACAGCCAGAUUACAGAAUGAUGAUACAAUUGCUUCAACAGAAUCCCAAUAGUUUACAAAGUUUUCAAGAUCCUAGAAUUAUUCAGACAUUAGGUGUUUUACUUGGCUUUGAUUUAGAACAAAAAAAUGCUGAUGCAAGUGAAGACAAAGAAACAGAAGCAACGCCAGAUCAAACUUCUAUGCCUCCUCAAAGCUCAAAUUCGAAACCCCAAAAUAAUUCUAAUCCUGAACCUGAAAACCAACCUAAUUCACAGGCCCAAGAAGAAAAACAGAAAGGAAAUGAAGCAUACAAAAAGAAAGACUUUGCUACAGCUCUUGAACAUUAUGAUAAAGCAAUAGAAUUAGAUCCUACAGAUAUUACUUAUAGAAAUAACAAAUCAGCUGUAUAUUUUGAAUUAAAGGAUUAUGAUAAAUGUAUUGAAAUAUCAGAGGAAGCUAUUAAUAUAGGAAGAGAAAACAGAGCAGAUUAUACAUUAAUUGCCAAGGCACUUGCAAGAGCAGGGAAGGCUUGUAUGAAAAAAGAAGACAAUGAGAGCGCAUUGAGAUAUCUGAACAAAUCAUUAUCAGAACAUCGAAACCCAGAAAUACAAAAAAUAGUUCAAGUGCUGGAUAAAAAGAUAAAAGAAAAUGAAAGACUGAAAUAUAUAGAUCCUGAAAAAUCAUUAGAGGCCAAAACUUUAGGAAAUGACCAUUUCAAAAAAGGUGACUAUCCAACAGCUAAGAAGCAUUAUGAUGAAGCAAUAAAGCGAAACCCAGAUGAUGCUAAACUCUACAGCAACAGAGCAGCAUGCUAUACAAAAUUACUGGAAUUUAAUCUUGCUCUGAAAGAUGCAGAUAAAUGUAUAGAAUUAGAUCCCAAAUUUAUUAAAGGUUAUUUGAGGAAAGGAAGUAUAUUUUACGCUAUGAAAGAACCAUCAAAAGCUGCUCAGGCAUACCUGAAAGCAUUAGACCUUGAUCCAAACUGUGAGGAAGCAAAUCAAGGAUACAGAGAUUCCAGGAUGGCAGAAGGAAAUGACCCUGAGGCUGUACGUAAGAGAGCCAUGGCAGACCCAGAAGUAACACAAAUCCUCAAAGACCCAGCCAUGCAGUUAAUUCUCCAGCAAAUGGAAAAAGAUCCAAAGGCUGUUAGAGAACAUCUACAAAACCCAGAAGUUGCAGCUAAAAUAGAAAAGUUAAUGGAAUGUGGAAUUAUUGCUCUUCGUUGACCUAUGUAGUUAUUUCACUGAAAUCAAACAUGUUUCCGUUAUACAAGCUUGCAUAAACAAUCACAACUGUGCUAUAAAGUAUUUCUAUUCGGGAACAAUUAUUUUACUACAUUGAAUUGUUUGUUGCUGUAUGAUCCUGUAAUUUCAUUUUCUAAAUUUCAAGUUCAAGAAUUUUCUUUGAUCAUAUAUGGUAUGUCUGUUGUGCAAUUAAAAAAAAAAUGUUUGUCAUUAUAUUGUCAUCAUGCAUAUGUAUAUAUUUUCUCAGGAAUUGUUUUGCUUAUUUUCAUUACCAUAACUGAGAGUCAAAAUAUGAUUUUACUGGUCUAAGAAAACAAAUUUUCAUAAAUUACAUCAUUACCUGAAAGAAGUUUAAAAGUGAAUUUAGUCUGGCUACUUCUACAAAAAAAUUGUAUUAUAUUUUUUUGGUUUAAUGACAAGCACAUCAAUGUUUUAUUUAAACAGUUGUGCAGGAAUCUUAAAAAUAAAUUGUAAUAGGCUGAGUUUUAAAUAAAAUGUAUUUGACAGCUUUUGUACAGGUAAAUUCAAUUGUUUUGGUAAAAUUAAUUCAUGAUUGUUUAAAUUAAGAAUGAUUAAUAGAAUGAUUGAAUUAACUAUAGUUUAAUAGAAUGAUUGAAAUAACUAUAUUGCCUAGAAUAUAAUGAGGAAUUUAUAAUAAAAAUGCUGUUUCUG